UGGGGGUUUUGUUCAGUUGUGACUGGCCGGGAACUCUCCAGUCAGACACCCGUAUACGCUGUCUAAACUCUUUGUUUCGCCAUCACCUUGCCUCCAAACCCCGCUGUCUCAGCCACAAAGCGUUAAGCUUUGUCAUAAGUGGACGUCUUUUGGGACACCGAGCCUGGGCUGCUCAUCGUCAGGAUGUUCAACAUAAUACGGCCGGCUUUCAAACCAACUGACAAGUACAGUACUACUAUUCCGUGUCUGGGACCAUGAUGAUGAAGCUGGUUGCCACAUCAAGCUCUAUCUCUGUAUUGCUCGGCUCUCUGGGCGCCUAUGCAGGAGCGUCUUCCAGUUUUCCACAGCCAAGGGAGACUCGGUUCGUCGCCCAAGCUCCUCAGGCUUCAUUACGUCAGGCUCAGGAGCCUCUUCCAACAGCAGCACCGCAUCUCGCCGAUCCAAUCCAUGGUUUGGCCGGACGCCAAGCCAGGGUCACAAAUUGCGGAUAUGUCGAUGGGAACAUCAGCAAUCCCAUGAGCUGCGCCGAUGGCUACAUAUGCAGCACCAGUGAACGCAAUGUCGGAUGCUGUCCUUCGGGAAGUGCAUGUGAUGUUGUCACGGCCUGUCUAGAUUUUGAGGCCUACCUAAGGGGCUUGUGCGAUAGAGCUGGGCGGUUGACUUACUGCUGCAGCGACAUUAAGACAAAAUUCUGCACCGUAUUAACAUACAUCGACCUCCCGUACCAGUCUAUCGUCGGUUGCGCCACCAGCCCUCUCGCAGCGCCCUUGUACGCGGAUCCGAUAGUUACUAGUAGUACCACAAGCACCUCCUCAACCACAACAUCAACAACUACAACCCACCCUCCACCUCCUCCUGAGGCUCCUGGUUCCGGUGCCUCGAUCGGAGUCAUUGUAGGCGCAGUCGUCGGCGGGAUCACCGCCCUUGCGCUGUUGGCCGGUUUACUAUCAUUCUGGUUGAUGCGCAGACGCGAGAAGAAGAACAAGAUAAAACCAAACCCCGGGACUGGGGCGGUUGUAAUCGGAACCGGCAGCAGCACCAGACACACCCCCUUGAGCACCCCCCCGCUACCGGUUGCCCAGCAACAUGAUUCAUACUAUUCCGCAGGCGCGUUUAGCCCGCGAGGAAGCAUCGCCAAACCUGAGCCCUACAGUACAAGCAGCAUGUAUGGCCCGGGUCCAAGCAGCGGCGAGGUUCCUCCAACCCCUGGGACCGCCGCUGCCGUGCCGCCUUACAACCGGUAUAGUCCGUACGGGGAGCGGAGUCCGACCACUAGUAGCCCCGGCGGACCGAGUUCUGCCGGCCUGUCGUCGCAUGCUGCUUCUCCGCCUGUGGAGAUGUCGGCUGAUCAAGUGCCUGGGCGAGUUGUGCAUGAGAUUGGGAAAGGGAAAUGAUUGCGGGUCAGUUGUAGUGUGGAUGGUUGCUGUCAAUAACUGGUAUUAUUGCAUUGAUGAUUAUGUGGCAGGCCUCGGGGUCGUUUCUUCAAGUUCCUCAAUUUCAAGUCGAGGAGCAGUGUAAUAGCCACUAGACCUUGACCGCACUGGUGCGACUAGUGGUUCUCAGACUGCAACAGUACGGAGCACAAUCGCGACUGACGGGUGAGGUAACGG